AUGUAUUUUAUUUCACUAGCUACACUUUCCACUACAACUACUACUACUACUACUACUGUAUUUGUUGCCACUAUUACAGCAACAGAAACUACAACAGUCAUAACGACAUCUACUACACCUACAACAGCGUUCACUACAGACAUAACAACAUCCAUUUCUGUUUCCACAACAUUAUCCACGAUUUCUACCCCGUCUACAGCUACAGUUACAAGAACUACAACUACAACCACAAUAAUAUCUAAGUCCAAUUGGUUGACAAACGGUGAUGGAGAAACGGGACCAUGCGAAUCAGCUGGCGGUAGUACACCUCCAACGGGAUGGUCCUAUAAUGGAACAAUUACACAAGUAUAUUAUAACAAUACUUAUGCUGAUCAAUUAUCCACAAAUUCAGGACCAAAUAAUCGUGGAAAUUGUUAUUUCUAUGGUGGUCCAUCAGGAUCAGUCACAUCGAUGUGGCAGUAUGUAAAUAUGAGCAAUUCAAUCAAUCCUGUUCUUAUUGAUAAUCAAACAGUUUAUUUUAAUUUCUCAGCAUGGCUCGGUGGCUACGGAAGUCAAACUGACUAUGCACAAGUCUCAUUGACAUUUAUAAAUCAAGCCAAUCAACAAGGGGGUAGUACUACGACUCUUGGACCAGUGACACACACACAACGAUCAGACAUAACGUCAUUACUCUUUCAACAAGCUACAGGACUUGUACCUGUAGGUGGUCGCUCUCUCCUUGUGACAGUCACCAUAACUCGUUUUUCUGGAACGGCUAAUGAUGGUGAUGUCGAUAAUAUUGCUCUCUACUUAUAUCAAUAA